AGCCAAAAUAAAAUAAAAAUAUGACUGAGGAAUAUUUAUACAAGCCCACUUCACCUCUAUUCCUAGACUCCUAUACUCUUCAAUCUCUCUCUCUCUCUCUCUCUCUCGAUCUCUCUCGAAAUGGAAAAACAUAUCAACAUAGAGAGUGGUGCUCUUCAAGACAACACUUUCUUUGUCACUACAACCUCGUUCUCCUCCUCCGCCACAGCCGCAUCUUCUCUGUCUCCAUCUCCGUCUUGUUCCUCCACUUCAUCUUUCCCUGAAACUUGCACAGAGGGCAAUUCCAGAGCGAAAACAUCAAGAAAAGCUCAAGACGACAACAAUGGCGCCAAGAAACGGCGCAAGAACAGCGAGAAUGGUAGUGACAAACAUCCUACGUACAGAGGUGUACGGAUGAGAAGCUGGGGCAAAUGGGUGUCGGAAAUCAGAGAGCCCAGGAAAAAAUCAAGAAUCUGGCUCGGGACUUAUCCCACUGCCGAGAUGGCGGCUCGAGCCCAUGACGUGGCGGCUUUAGCCAUCAAAGGCACCGGGGCUUUCCUCAAUUUCCCCGAACUUUCCGGCGAACUUCCUCGUCCGGCGUCUACUUCUCCCAAAGACAUCCAAGCCGCCGCUGGCAAGGCUGCCGCUGCCACGUGGCACGAUCUGGGCCAAAACGGCGACGAGGGCUCGUCUAAGACCGAACCGAGCGGAGGAGUGAUGUAUGCGGUUCAGUCGUCGAGCAGUUUGGUGUCUUCGGACACGACGACGUAUGAAUCGUCGUUGAUUUCGUCGGCUUCGAGCACGGACAAGGAGGGAGACGAGGACACGCUGUUUGACUUGCCGGAUCUUUUCACCGACGGUUUGACUCGAAACGACGCGUUUUGUUACUACUCGUCCACGUGGCAGCUUUGUGCGGCCGAGUCGGUGUUCCGGUUGGAGGAGCCAUUCUUAUGGCAGGAUGACUGAAAAGCCCCUACCCGGUUUCCGGCAACAAGCUCUCACUAACACUUUAAAAAAAAAGUUCCAAUUCACUAUUUUUGUUUAUUUUUCUUCUCUCCUUUCUCUUUUCGUUUUCACUUUUGCGUGUGAAGAAAUUCGGUCAUUUUGAUUCUUUUCCUUCAAAAGGGUGUUUUAAAUUAAUGCCAGUGUAAUAUAUAUAUAUAUAUAUAUAUAUAUAUAUGUGUAUGUAUAUAUGUGUGUGGACAAGAUGGUCUACUCAUGGAGAAAAAAAAAACAUACAAUAAAGACCCAAUGUCGAAUCAUUCGUGAUUA